UUGAUACAUUACCUUCAGCGUCGUACAAGGUCCACUAAACCCACCCGCACGGCCUAUAUCAAAUUUGAUAGAACAGUCCGUGUGCAUAGUCAUCCAGCUCCAGGGUAAGGAAAUCCAACUGUGCAUGUCCAGUUUCUACGUGGGACUCCGGACGUCAUGCUACAGUGGCUAUUAUUUCUCCUCGUCGUGCCAUUGCUGUGUGAAGCACGACCACAACAUGAAAACGCCAGACACAAUCGGACUGUGUGCACUUCAGAUGUGUGCUUUCGAAGAGCUCAUACACUACUGAGUAGCAUCAAUCCGAAUCUCGACCCCUGCGAAGAUUUUUACGAGUACGUGUGCAGUGGCUGGAAGAAGGAACACCCGCUUCAUGGCGUGCACAUGUAUGACGUCAAUGCAGAAAUACAAGACAUUGUCUACCAAGAGCUGAAAGACCUGCUCGAAGAGUCCUCGCAACACUUAGUCACAGACACCCUUACGGAGAAGCUGAACACAGCAUACAAGUCCUGUACCAAGGAGGAUGUCUGGGAGGAAGAAGAAUUACAUGCAUUCGGGACGAUAAUGCGUGAUGCUGGAAUUUCUCGCUGGCCCAUCUGGCCCCCUACUGAAGACGCAUCAGAUUGGCAGCAUUUAUACAAGGCCUCACGGGUUGGACUAGACAUGGAAAACAUCUACAAAAAACAGGGGAACCCGUUCCAUCUGAUAGUGAGCCCAAAUGGAGAAGAACCCACAAAGUACUGCAUAUUCCUCCUUGCCUAUAUGCCUGAGGACUCUGACGACGAAGCUCAUCAAAUGCCUGCUCAGUCUACCAAGAACAAUGUUAAACGGGCGAUACAGAUAGUGAACAAGACAAUUACCGAUGAGGAUGCUGAAGCGAUCGCCGAAGAAAUCACCGCGUUUGAAGUAGGCCUUUCUUUGAUUCAUCAGAGUAAAGGAGUACCAACGAAGUACUUGGGACAAACACUGCAUCGGAGCAAAGAAGAAGCCGUGCAACGGCGCCUGCAUGCGAUGUAUGAACAGGGAAAGAUUGAACAAACCUCCCUGAAAGGUCUGCAGAGAGCACUUCCACAGGUUCAAUGGUCCUCAUUUAUUAACAGCAUGUUUAAUGAGGCAGGGGUUACGAUAGACGAAAGUGAGAGCAUUAUAUGCACAAAUAUCAGCGACUUCAAGCUUCUCCUGAACUAUCUACAGGCAUUCAACAGAAGCACUGUCGAAAACUACUUUGGAUGGAAGAUUGUGGAAAGCUUCGGUGAAUUCGCUACAUCGAAACUAAGAGGCGAUAAUGAAGAAGCCAGAUGGAAGAAGUGCGUCAUCGACUUAACGUUUCCUGCUGGUACGAUCUUGGGCAAGGUUUAUGUGGACCAUUAUUUUGAUCUUCAAAAGAAGGAAGAGGUGACUGACAUGGUGGGCGACAUCAAAGACGCCGUCCGUGAUAUGGUGCAGAGUGCAUCAUGGCUAGAUGACACUACGAGAAGGAAGGCAUUGGAAAAGGUUGACAUGAUGCUGGUGAAGGUAGGCUAUCCUGACUGGCUGAAAAAUGAAACGUACAUGAACGAGCUCUACAGCUACGUGGGUACCCUUCACGCAGCAACUCCGUAUUCAAUCAUAAGAUCAAGAUUCUUGCGAAACAAUGCGCUUCACGACCUAGGCAAAGUCCACACAUUUGUCAACAGAAGCGAGACGUUCGAUAUACCGAUGGUGAUCAUCAAUGCAGCCUACAUGCCUGGUCAAAAUACAAUAGAGAUUACACCCGCAAUAGUGAAUGGAGUGUCUUACGAAAGUGGUCUUCCAUGGUCAGUGAAUUUUGCUGCACUUGGACGCACGAUUGGUCACGAAAUAUCUCACGGUUUCGACACCACAGGCAAGCAUUAUGAUGGUAUUGGACGUAAAGUGAACUGGUGGACACCCGAAGCGGACGCAGAAUAUACCAAAAGGGCACAAUGUUUCAUUGACAUGUAUGACAAUGUCACUGAUGAUGAAACCGGCUACAAGCUGCCAGGGAAGAUGUGGCUUGGAGAGAACAUGGCUGACAAUGAAGGCCUCGUCGCCGCAUUUAAGGCCUAUCACGCGAAGCUCAAAAAGGAAGGAAAAUCAGAGGAUGACGCUCUUCCUCAUCUCGAAGGUGCCUCUGGUGACAUGAUGUUCUUCAUAUCCAAUGCCAUGUCAUACUGUGGCAACCUUGAUCGGGUAGGAUUCCAGAUCCACAUGGGAGAUCCACAUUGCGUAAACAAGUACAGGGUGAACCUCCCGCUUGCGAACAUGAAAGCUUUUGAGGAAGCCUUUGAAUGCAAGCUGGGAUCCUCCAUGAUUCAGCAGCACAAGUGCCACCUUUGGUAAUACAAUGUGUGCAUUCAGACACUACGGAUGAAUCCACCUACCUAAGGAGCAAAAUAAAUAAAUAAAUAAUGAA